AAUCAGUGUUGGAAUUGUGUUGGAGGGGAUCCAUUGACUAUAAAAUGAAUGGUGAUGUCGCCGGCUUCAUCAUUCUUCCAGUGGACGGAUUACAGAUCGUAUAGUGUUAGAGUGAAAAUAUCGAACUAAAGGUCAAAAUGAAAGCCAUCAUUUGUUUCGCUGCUAUAAUUGCCGUUGCUGUCGCAUAUCCAGCUCAGGAAGGUGCCGCCUACACUAAUGAAGCCAUUCGUCAAGCACAGAGCUCACACUUGAUCCCACAAAAUGCACAGAUUCAAAAGGUCGAUGAAGGUAUCGAAUUGAGCGCUUUGGAAAACAUUCCAGGUAAUCAACGUGUUGACUUGUUCUCAUUGUUGGGAUCACAAUUUCCAUUGGAAGUCGUCCAAAAUCUUCAACGACAAAUCGACUCAGUCGGUCGCAACUAAGUUUCACGUGAGAGAUGCACUUACACAACACUCCAUCCAACACAAAACACAUGAAACUAUUGCGCAAAUUAUGUGAUCCUUCUCUUCUCGCUGAUUGAGCAGAAAUUCAUUGGAAAUUUCUUAAAAAAAAAAAAAAAUGGGCAAUCAACAUGCAUUCUUCACCAUCAGUGCCAACAUCUGUCCCCAAUUUAUUGUUAAUUUUUUACAUCAAUUCCUCUAACACCUUUUCUUAGGCAUUUAUGUUAAAACUUUUUUUUUGUUAUAAAACGCAAAAAUAUGUAAAUAUAUGAAGAAAAAAACUUUUUUAAUUUUGUUACCAA